CUGUAAGUGGCGUCAAUCACUCCACGAUUCGAGCCUCCUUUUCUGUAUGUCCGGCCUUUUGAAUCUAUGCGUCCCUCUCUGCCGCCAAUGCGUCUCCGUUGCCGCGCCACCUCUUGUGCUCCUCCUCUCCACAUGGACUCUGAUAUCUACGUGAAGCGUGCACCGUCCUUUCCGCGUCUACGCCCUCGCUCUGCUGCGGAUGCGGUGCACCUGGGUGCUCGCUGUCUCCUCGUCCUGGCCCAGCUCUGAUCCUCUGGUCCGGGGGGGCUGGUUCCCGCAGAGACGCAGGAUGGUGCGGAUAGUCAGCGCGCUGGGGCUUGUCAUGUUCAGCGUGGCGCUGCUCAUCCUGUCGCUCAUCAGCUACGUGUCCAUCAAGAAGGACUUCCUGCUCAGCACCCCCAGAUACGGACCUAAUGGAGGAUCCAGGCUGUCCAUGUUCCAUGCGGGGUUUCGCUCCCAGCUGGCCAUGAAGUAUCUGGAUCCAGGAUUCAGCCCUCUGACCAACUCCCUCAGUGAGGACCUGCAGAACUCCUCCAAAUGGAGCUACAACAGCACUGCUUUCAUAAAGCUCAAAAAGGAGAUCGCUCAGUACAUCGACAUCCCUCACAACUUCACACUGACAAAAAAAUCAGUCCGAAUCGGACAGCUGAUGCAUUACGACUACUCCAGCCACAAGUACGUCUUCUCUAUCGGUGAGAACUUCCGCUCGUUGCUCCCUGAGGUCUCGCCGAUCCUCAACAAGCACUACAAUGUCUGUGCCGUGAUCGGAAACAGCGGCAUCCUCACCGGCUCGCGCUGUGGCCCCCAGAUAGAGAAGUUUGACUAUGUCUUUCGCUGCAACUUUGCACCGACAGAGGUCUUUAAGAAGGACGUAGGGCGGCAGACGAACAUGACGACAUUUAACCCCAGCAUCCUGGAGAAAUACUACAACAAUCUGCUGACUGUGCAGGACAGGAACAACUUCUUCCUGAGCCUGAAGAGGCUGGACGGAGCCAUCCUGUGGAUCCCAGCGUUCUUCUUCCACACGUCAGCCACGGUGACGAGGACGCUGGUCGACUUUUUCGUGGAGCAUCGAGGUCAGCUGAAGGUCCAGCUGGCUUGGCCUGGAAACAUCAUGCAGUACAUCAACAGCUACUGGAAAACCAAACAGCUUUCUCCGAAGCGCCUGAGCACCGGCAUCCUGAUGUACACGCUGGCGUCCUCCAUGUGCAACCAGAUCCACCUGUACGGCUUCUGGCCCUUCGGCUGGGACCCCAACACGGGAAAGGAGCUGCCGUACCACUACUACGACAAGAAGGGCACCAAGUUCACCACCAAGUGGCAGGAGUCCCACCAGCUGCCUGCUGAGUUCAAACUCCUCUAUAAGAUGCACACGGAGGGACUGCUGAAGCUGUCGCUCUCACACUGCGCUUAGGUGUGAAACUGCAGCAGGUACAUGGCUUCAUUAAACUUACCUGGAGCUCCUCUGAGGGCCAGACGAAGGAGGAUUCAUGUGUGCCAAAUACUAAAACUUGACGGUAAUGCUGAGUUGACGCAAUGAGUUCUUGAACUGUUUUCAGACCCAAGUGUUGUGCUCAAGACGAAACAGUUUGUAUGAAUCACAACAAAUCAAGGAAAUGUGGAGUCUAUUUAUUUUCUAUGGUUCAAGAAUCUAAAGAAGAAGGGGACUGCUGGGAAAUAGGUCUUUGGACUUUUGGGCAGUGUUGCUCCUUAGCAAAAUAUCAGAACUUUACAUCGCUUCAUGCUGGUUUGUUCACUCAGCACUCUUGGCACCAUAGCUGCAAAGCAGCACUAUUUAACGAGGCUCAAUGGUUUCUGAAUUUCAAUGCAAUAUUAUUCGGCAACUUACUGCGUAGAUCCAACUUCCUAUCCAACAAUCCCAUCCAGGGGCCGUCAAGUCACCAUUUGGCAACUCAUAGAUUAACAAUUGAGCUUCUGUUUUAAGUUGUGUCUUUGCUCUUUCUAAGACGUGGUUGAUGUAAUGUGGUUGGUUUCAUUUAAUUUGGUAUGGUUUGGGCACAAUAAUAGUUGGUUAAGUUAAGGAAUCACAUGGCAUCACGGCUCUUGGGGGGAUUCUUGAGUUGUUUGACCCAUCCAUUAUCCUUUACAUCAACAGUCUAUAUCACCUGGCUUCUUUUCUGCUGGAGGUCCAGAGCUGCUCUUCAGUCUCUAACAUUGACAGUGUCACUGGAGGUAGUAGAAAGCUCAAAACUUUUCAUGCAGUUGCUGAAAGAUAGCUUUUAGGUAUGACAAAAUGUUGAAUUUUUCUUCUUUUUUUGUGUGUGGCUUUUUUUCCCUCUACUGAUAGGGCAGCUGGGAGAGAGUGGGAUAGACUAACAAAAGGCCAAGGUCAAGAGUCAACCCUGUGGCUGCAGUGUCAAAAAAAUGAAGCCUCUGUAUAUGAUACGCCUGCCCUACCGACUGAGCUAAACUGGCACCAAAACAAUGGUAUUUGACAACUUAGGAAAGAGAGCCACUAGUCUAUCAUAUAUGCAAAAUCACAUAGUACU